AUGGGAUUCCCGCGUUACCAGCUUCUUUACUGGUGUAUCCAGAGCGGAGUGCGUGAAACCGUACACUAUUCCGAAACGUUGCUGCUCAGGCGCUUUGGGAGCUUGACUUGGACAAGCAUACAUCCUGGAAAUAACAGUUACUUGGGGAUUCGUGUUUUCAGGCGACCAAACGCACACAUGAGCGACGAGCAAGGCGCGCGGAACGGGUCUCUUGCAAACGGCUCCGCAGUACCGCUGGUAACGCCGUUGUGCGUCAUCGGUUCGGGUCCCGCGGGGCACACUGCUGCAAUUUAUGCAGCUCGCGCGCAACUGAGACCAAUCAUGUUCGAAGGCAUGCUUGCAAACGGGAUCGCAGCCGGAGGGCAACUUACGACAACGACUGACGUCGAAAACUAUCCGGGCUUCCCAGAGGGAAUCAGCGGCUUCGAGCUGAUGGAUCGGUUUCGAAAACAGUCUCAGGUGCAUGGGACGAAGAUCCUGACGGAAACUGUUGAAAGCGUGGAUCUCCAGAGCCGCCCCUUCCGAAUAUACAGCAGUCAGCACGUGGUCCUAGCUGCAAGCGUGAUCAUCGCCACUGGUGCGGUGGCGAAACGCAUGGACUUUCCUGGUGCUGGCAGUGGUGAGGGUGGCUUCUGGCAGCGCGGUAUCUCUGCUUGUGCGGUUUGUGACGGCGCCGCACCUAUCUUUCGAGGUAAGCCGAUCGCUGUAGUCGGUGGUGGUGAUACUGCAUUGGAAGAGGCGCUCUUUCUCACGCGCUAUGCGAGUCGAGUGUACGUUAUCCAUCGCCGCGAUACGCUCCGUGCGUCGAAGAUCAUGCAGAAGCGAGCAUUUGAGAACCAGAAAAUUGAGUUCCUGUGGAAUUCGAUCGUUGUGGCUGCGCAUGGAGACACCCUGUUGCGUCGAAUAACGCUUCAGUCCACGAAGGAUGAUCAAAAGCACGAACUCGAGGUUGGUGGUCUAUUUUUUGCCAUUGGCCAUGUGCCGGCGACUGCAUUCCUGAAAGGGCAGUUGCUUCUUGACGAUCAAGGCUACAUCAUUACGAAACCAGGAACGACACAAACGAGCGUGGACGGCGUUUUUGCAGCGGGCGAUGUGCAGGACAAACGGUACCGCCAAGCGGUUACUGCAGCGGGUAGCGGUUGUAUGGCUGCAAUGGAUGCAGAGCAUUGGCUCCAAGAGCACGAAGAGGAGGUUCUGGCGCUAGAGCGGAUCCCAGAAAGCCGACAAUGCCAGACCGAAUCUGUAUGA